CCUGCCUUUGCUCUCACCUUCUUGCGUGUCCCGGCGUUCAAUCCCAAACAUUAGAAAGAGGGGGAAGACCACAUACGCACAUGGAAGAACGCUUGAUUUUUUUUCUUUCUCCGCAUCGCAUCAUGGCUUAUAUAUGAGGAGGAUACUCUGGUACGCAGGCAUAAAUAAGGGUCUCAUCAGAGAGAAGCGCAUGAGAAAACACAAGGCUGUCCGUCCUCUCUCCGAUACUGAGAAGGACUCCUCCCCACCUCGGCCGUGACACCUCCACAACAUCGCUGAGACGGGGUAGCAGUCUUUUUUUGGAGGGGCAGAAAGACUCUUCAAGGUCUCCAAAUAGCUUAACCUUACCUCUGCCCUGCCACGGACUGACUGACUGUAUGGCUUUAAAAAGUUGUCCGGAGAACAUGGACAUCUGACGUGCGCCACACGGCGUCAUUGGACACAUUGAGCCUCUCUCUCUUUUCUCCAGCACAUCUUGGACUGAUCUCUGCGCUGUUGGUUUGGAGUAAGAAGUAUUCAGCAAUUGCCUUUUUGCCCUGACAUCGGCUACAUCCAGUAGCUCCCCGCAGCAGGGGCAUAUCCUACAGCUUGUUCAAAAGAUCUCUUUGCCUGUUGUGCUCUUGCAUUCGCAUGUCUUGAUCUCACUGUUUGUGUAUUGGUGGGAGAAAUAUUUUGUCAGCGCACCCCGGAGCUGUCAGAGCUGACGUCCCGCACAAAAUACAUGAUUCAUCGGGAUCCUCGACCUGAAUCUGACAGAAAACAGUGACGCGUUGCUUUUGUAACUUUAAAUUUAUGUCAGUUUGAAAAAGUGUCAUCUCAAGUGCCCCGUUGAAUGGUUGCUGUUGCUGCCCAUUCGCACCUUCUAUGCUGCGUGUAUUUGUAUUUUUUAGCAUUCACAAACUGCGCCAGAAACACACGGCCACAUGUGAAUGAGACACAUCAUCUGUCCCAGCUGAAGUGUACCCAAAGCUCGACCGACUGACCGAAAUUGAAGAGGGAUACGUGCCGAAGUUUUGCUGUAGUGAUGCUGCAAGUGGAAAUGGUCCUGUUCGUCUGCCUGGUGCUGUGGAUGUGUGUAUUUAGCCAGGAGCCCAGCUCCAAAGUGGUGGCCGACCGCUAUGCCGUCUUCUGGAACCGGACCAAUCCGAGGUUCCAUCGUGGGGACUACCACAUCGACGUAUGUAUAAACGACUACCUAGAUGUCUACUGUCCCCACUAUGAAGACACAGUGCCUGAGGAGCGGACGGAGCGUUACGUCCUCUACAUGGUCAACUAUGACGGCUACAGCACCUGCGACCACACUGCCAAGGGCUUCAAACGCUGGGAGUGCAACAGGCCGCACUCUCCCAAUGGACCGCUCAAGUUUUCAGAGAAAUUCCAGCUCUUCACCCCGUUCUCCUUGGGCUUUGAGUUCAGACCGGGCAGAGAGUACUACUACAUAUCAUCCACCAUUGCUGAGAACGGGAGGAAAACAUGCCUGAAGCUCAAAGUUUUCGUCCGACCAUCAAACAGCUGUGUGAAAACUAUAGGCGUACAUGACCGUGUUUUUGAUGUAAACGACAAAGUAGACAAUUCAUUAGAACCACGAGACGAUACCAGCCAUGAAUCCGCCGAGCCUUCCCGAAGCGAUGCAACAAAUGCCGCGCCACACCUGCGGAUAGCAAGUCCACUUCUGGCUGCACUGCUGGUCUGCCUAGCAACACUCUUCACUUUAUAGCGCCUCCCUCUUUCGUGGAGGGCAAUUACACCUAGCGUGGCCUGAAUGUGCCCAAGGCUGAGGUUGCAGGGAAGGGGGUGGAAUUUGGGUGGAGUCGGGUGGCUGAAUUGGGCAUCAGAGCAGGCUCCUCAAGGAACCCUCUAUUUUUUUCAUAAAAUAUUUAAGUGGUCUUUCUCCGUCUGUGAGUGAAAAAAGUUGAUGUUGGAAGUGGGAGAGACAAUUCCCCCUCUUAAACCUUCAACUAAGAUGCCAAAUCCCGUUUUUUGACACUUAGUGAUUCUUAUUUUCCCGUGAUUUUUGACAUCCCUUUAUGUCAUGCCUAUGUCAUUGCAGCACUGAUGUUUACUGACACACACGUACACACACACACACACACACACACACACACACACAUACAUUUGCACAUACACUUCAAAACACACACAUACAUCCAUACAAACUCAAAUACAAAAAAACGAAAAAACAAAAAAAAAAACAAUAGUAAUAAAAAUGCACAUGCCUCUACACUAGCAGUCUUUGGCAGUAGUUCAGUAGUUUCUUUAUGAAGUUGUAAACAGUAGCAGCAUUACACAGUAGGAAAGUGAAGAUUCUAGAUCUUACAAAUGAUUGUAGAUACACUAGAGGAUCAGAUAGGUGUCCCGAGACCUCUCAACAAACCUUUCCAAAAUGACUUUAGGUCCUGCUGGGUUAAAAGAGGCACUUAUUGUUGCACUUCUGCUCUAAUGGACAGUGCAGAACAGCAGAGUGA